AUGUCGCAACUCGGCCUUCAGUCUUCGAAAGGUGAUAGCAAAACCCAUGAUGUCUUCCGUGGCACCAUUUUCCAAGCUGUUUUACUUGGUCUUAUCAGCUUCACACAGCCUGGAAUAUGGACGGCGAUGAACACGAGUAUGGUCGGUAACUUGAUCGGCAUGAAGUGGAUUGUUGUCAUCGGAACGAUAGGCUAUGUACCAUAUUCAGCCGCACUAUACUGUAACUCCAUUUGGGGAACACAGUGGUUUUUGAUCUUUGGUGCGGUGACUUGUGGUAUCUCAAGUGUAGUCAGUAUCUGGAUGGCCCUUGGUAAACUUGGCUCUAUCAUCGCCACCGCAAUUCAGCUUGCCCUUAACAAAGACAGCAACACUACUGGCGCCAUUUCGUCGUCUACAUAUCUUGUUCUGGUUGCCAUCCAAUGUCUGGGGUUACCCCUUUCGCUCUUACUGGCACCUCCGGACAAGCUAGUGCGCAAGGACGGGAAGAAGCCUAUCUUUGCCAAUUCCCAGCGAUCCUUCAAGACCCAGUUCAGAGGGUUUCUUGCCCAGUUCAAGCGCAGAGAAGUUCUGCUACUAAUCCCAGCCUUCAUCACUGCGCAAUGGGGCGUCACGUACCAAGGCAACUACAUGGCUGCGUACUUCACAGUUCGCGCUCGCACUCUCUCUGGGUUCAUCAUUGCGGUUGUGGGGGCCAUCUCCAACGUACUUGCUGGAUGGUGGCUUGAUACUAAACACCUGAAGAGAACCACCCAAGCGCGUUGGAGUUGGUAUUUCUUGCUGGGGCUGUUCACACUUGUCUGGAUCUGGAACCUUGUUGUCCAGGAGCGCUGGGCAAAGCAUAGCCCUGGUCAGAUUGACUGGAGCAGUGCCAGUUACGGAGAAGGACUCGCGAUCUUUGUUCUCUACCGAAUUGCCUAUGAGACCGUUGGUGUGUGGCUCUACUGGACUCUUGGUACCUUCGACGUUGAAGCCGACACGAUCGCUCUGUCCAUGGGCGUUCUUCGCUCAGGCGAAUCGCUGGGGUCUGCCUUGGCCUAUGCCGUUGGCUCCGUUCGCAGCGCUUCCCUAAUGACGAACCUCAUUAUUUCCGUUGUGGUAUUUUACGUCGGAGCACCUGCAACAACUUGGGCUGCUCUUCUAGUCAAAGAAAGGCUUCCAGCAGAGUUGGAAAGUCUGGAAGGCGAUGCAGAGGUCUCUGGACAGACUACCGCGCAUCAAUCUGAUGCGGAGCAGGUCGAGGUGGACUAUCGCGCGAAGGCUUAA